AUGCCUCUUGUUCGCAAACGUCGAGCAGAGCCAGAAUCCCCCAACAAUUACUCCAGUUCUCUGGAACGUGAAAGCCACGUAUCUGUCGAAAAUGCCCGCCGUCGUCGCAGACGGACCGAUGAUGCCGUUUCUAGUAGUGACGAAUCGGACGAAGUGGAGGCGGGUGCCCCGAGUAGUACCAAUGUGAUGGUGAACAAACUGGUCAGGUUAGCACUGGCCAGCGAGUAUUCUCGAUUGCCAAUUCGGAGAACCGACAUCAGCACCAAGGUUCUGGGGGAGCAAGGUUCAAGACAAUUCAAGACUGUAUUUAAUGAGGCGCAACAGGUCCUACAGAGGAUUUUUGGGAUGGAAUUAACCGAGCUGCCUGGCAAAGAGAAAGUGUCCAUACAGCAGCGAAGAGCCGCCCAAAAGGUCGAACGUCCUUCGUCGACGAAUAAAUCUUGGAUACUGACUAGUACGCUACCGCCUGCUUAUCGGAAUCCCGAGAUUUUGCCUCCAACGAAAGCACCUUUGGAGGGCAUCUAUACUGGUUUAUACUCGUUUAUUAUUGCGGUGAUCUUGCUCAACGGGGGAUCCCUUCCCGAGCAGAAGCUCGACCGCUACCUGAAACGGACUAAUGCCGAUACAUAUACGCCCGUCGACCGCACGGAUCGAUUGUUGCAGCGUCUCUGUAAAGAAGGUUACUUGCUGCGAGUCCGCGAUAUGGAUGGCGGGGAGGAAGUGAUUGAGUACAUGGUCGGCCCGCGAGGGAAGAUUGAGGUCGGGGCUCAAGGUGUAGCGGGUUUGGUCCGUCAAGUCUACCGUCAACUGAAUCCCACGGAAGACAACGAUAUCACUCCCUCCGAGAGGAAUAAAAUGGAAGAUUUCGAGCUGCGCCUGGCAAGGAGUCUUGGGUUUCCAAAGCCCGCUCGGCGGACCGACAACCAAGCUACGAAUGAGGGUGACGAUGCAGACAAUCAGCAAUCGGAACAAUCUAUGGAGUCUGAUGAUGAGUCGGAUGAGAGCGGUUGA